AUGUACUUCAUUCUUCUCGGGCCGGCGACCGCCGCAUUACUCUAUAUACUUGUCAAGGCAAUCUACUCGGCCUUUUUCCAUCCUCUCGCCAAGUAUCCCGGCCCUUUUAUUUCCAAAUUUACAUUUGCUCGCGCUUCCUACCAUGCUUGGAAGGGAGACAUCCACCUUGACAUGUGGAAAUGCGACUACGUUCGUUAUGGCCCAAACCAGCUCUUGGUCAAUACACCGGCUGGCGUACGGGACAUCUACGGUGCCAGGUCUCAUUCUAAAUUUCUCAAGAGCAAGCACUACGACAUCAUGAGCCACCAGGCCGCCAACACAUUCACCCACCGUGGGGGCAAGGACCAUUUGCGUCGUCGUCGCAUCAUGGCUCAGGGCUUCUCCGGCCAAGCUCAGCGCGAGUACGAACCAAGGAUUGCCGCCCACGUCGACAAAUUUUGCCGUAUUGUCCUGCCGGAGGAUCACGGGGCGUGGAGUGAACCUCUCAACAUGUCCAAGUGGUGCAACUAUCUAUCCUUUGACAUGAUGGCCGACAUCAUCUUUGGUGCCCACUACGAUCUUCUUGGAAAUGAGCGCUUCCGCUACGUGCCCGAGAUGAUCGAAAAGAACAACGUGCGCAUGGCGGCUCUCGUUCAGUUUCCCGGCUUGUCAUGGCUCAGGUUAGACAAACACCUAUUUCCCGAAGCCAUAUGGGCGCGCAACCGCUUUCUGAAUUUCGUCAUGCGCCUGGUGAAGGACCGCAUGGAAUUGAGCAAAGGUAAUGUCUGUGGUAUCUACGGAAAGAGGACAGCAACCCGCAGUGCCACCUCUACAGCCCCGCAAAAGCUUUCGGACGUAUACUCCAGGCUCGAACUGGCCAGGGACCCUGAGACCGGGGGCGAGUUCCAACCUCAUGAGAUUGCGAGUGAGAGUACGACACUCGUCGUCGCGGGGUCGGACACCUCGGCCUGCACUAUCGCCUCUGUUCUGUUCUACCUCGCCGAUAACCCCGUGGCAUACGCCAAGGUUGCCGAGGAAGUGCGAGCUAAGGUAUCUUCGCGUAGCGAUAUCACGGCCGCUAAUCUGUCGUCAUGCGUCUACCUUCGUGCCUGCAUCGACGAGGCCUUACGCAUGUCUCCAGCUGUCGGUUCAGCCCUUGUGCGUGAGGUCGUAUCAUCCGCAGGCACUACCGUCGACGGGCAGUUCCUUCCGGCCGGAAUGGAGGUUGGUGUUGGUACCUAUGCCAUCCACCAUAAUUCUCAGUGCUUCUCAGACCCGUUCACAUACAGACCGGAGAGGUGGUUGGAGACCCAUGCCGCGCGCGAGAGCAUCGACCGCGCAAGGUCCGUUCUUAUCCCCUUUUCCACCGGCAUCCGAAGUUGCCUUGGAAAGGGGCUUGCCUACACCGAAAUAACGCUCGUGAUGGCGACAUUGAUGUUUUUGGGCGAUUUCAAGUUUGCUGAUGGCCCGCUUGGACGUCUCGGGCGGGGCACCGAGGGUGGCGAAUAUGGACGACACCGUGAGAAUGAGUAUCAGCUCAGAGACCACAUUGCAGGCCAGAAGAAUGGGCCUUGGCUACAGUUUUCCAGGCGUGAGAGUUACUAG